AUGACUCUAAACUCAAUCAAUAAGAUUUGGUGUAAAUUAGUGAUUCAAAGAUAUCUCGGAACCUGGCUGGAAAACACUGUAUCAUCUGAUCAGUUGUCAAUCCAACUGUCAACUGGAUGCCUCGAGCUGAAAAACCUUGAUAUAAACGCCAAUGCUGUAAAUACUGCACUUGCCGAAAGAUGCUUUCCAUUUAUCCUUGUAGACGGUUAUAUCGGGAAACUUAAAGUGGACAUCCCAUGGAAUGCCAUUAUGACAGAGUCUAGUAAAAUGUGCAUAGACGAUUUGCAACUUACAUUCAAAAUCGAUGAAACUAUAAAAUUGGAUGACAUGAGUACUACAAAAUCUAUAAUUGAAAGUGUUUUCAUGAGCUUCAGUACAGAAAAAAUGAUUAGAAGCGUAUUCAGUGAAGUCAGUAGCGAGAACAGUUUUGCAAAGUUUGAUGUGAACCAACAAACAACACAAUAUUUUUCUGCAAUUCUGACUUCCGUUUUAUCACGUUUUUGUUUAACUGUGAAUAGUAUAAUUCUUCGAUUUGAGAGCCAACAAAACACUGAAUCAGAUCUUGCCACUGCUGUUGAAGUAAACGUGAAGAGCGCUACGUUCGUGGACGAGCAGUCACAAAGCGAUAAAAUGGAUGACAACGAGAAAAGCAACUGUUUGAAUAAAAAGAUCAAUCUUUAUGGAGUUUCUAUUCACACUGAUGUCUUCUCGGAAAUCUAUAGAAGUGAAAAAUGUAGUGAUGACGACAUGGAUACAUUUUAUUCUUGCCAUGAAGAAAUGGCUCCUUUACAUGACCAGUUUCAAACCGGGAAGAGAGAGCCAGCAGGGAUAAAGCUACCCUCCAACCCUAUCAUAUGUGCCGAAAUUAUUGGAAAUAUUUCGUGUGGAAUUCGAUUGAACGACUGUGUUAAUGAGAGAAAGAAUUUGAAAAUGCAAAUCGAUAUCGCUAUGGACGGAGUCAACGCUUUUGCAACACCCUCACAGAUCAAAAUUAUCGAAAGACUUUUUAUCUUCUCCACAAAUUCCCAAUACAAGAUGAAAUAUAAGAACAAAUCAGAAGUGGAAAUCAAAUCAGAUGUCACAGUAAACACUAAUAUUGGAACACUUUCCAUUUAUAUUCCACAUUGUGACUACUUAUCAUCUGAUUAUGUAUUGGAACAUGGAGGAUACGCUAAAGUGCUUGAUAUUCUUCGAAACGAGUCGACAUUAUUCUUCAAAUCAGUCAAAAAAGUCGCAAAGCAAAGUAUUGCUAAUAUCAGCAAAACCACCGAAAGUUGUUAUCCAAAAGAUCAUCUCCGAAUAACUGGAUGUUCUUUGAAAGCCACGGCAAGACAAUGGAAAAUUGGAACACUCGGACAAUUCUCAUGUAAUGUUCUCAUGUCAGAUUUGAAUUUAUUGGAAUUUCUGACACCAGAAAGUGCACCUGAGAAUAACGGACCUCUUUGCAUCAAUCUUUUCAACUUCUGGAGCCAAAACAGCAAUCCAAAUUUUGAAAUGAGUCUGAGAACUGCUAACGGCAAGACGAACAUUGAUGUAUUGCUGGCAGCCGUACAAACAGAAAUAGACUUUUCUAUCAUUAACCGUAUUCCAAAUCUUGUUAAGUAUGGACUGUUUUUCAACCAAGGAUUGGGUGAAAGAAACAAUGUUCCCGUGAUGACAGAGAAAUUUGAUGGUAACAUACCAGACACUAUCUUCAACAUGAAAUGCCCCAACUGGCAAGUAGAGCUCAGAGUACCAAAGACGGAUUUUCACUAUCCUCUUAAAUCUUUUUCUCAGAGACAAGUCCACAAUGAACUUGUUUCUUUUGAAAUCAAGAAUCUUGAUUUAUCAAUUCCAAUUGGAGAAGGCGCCUCUAUCUUCCAAUUAACUUGUUCAGAAAUAUAUGGAGAUUUAAGCGGAGAAGGAUUGAACAUUCCAAAAGAGCAGAAAACAUUUUUCUAUGCAUCUGAAAAUCAUUCAGAAAAAAUCAAAGUGGAACUUUCUUUCAAUAUGGACUCGAAACGGAAAAAAUCGAAAGCGGUUAAUCAAGCUGGAGCACGUGAAGAAAUGUCCUCUUUCCAAAAUGGUUACGAUUUAACAAAUGUGCAGCUAAGGGUACCAGUGUUGAGAUUCCAUGUUCCAGAGAAGAGUUCACUUCAAAUUUUCUACAACACACUAGCUAAUGGCUUGUCAUAUUUUCGAUCAACGACUUCAACUUUUGAAGCAGAUUCAGCAAACAUUGCGGAAUUAUUCGAAGAUGUUUCACAUGUCUUUGUACUGACACUCACGGCUGAUAAAUGCACGGUUCUUUGUAACACUCAGGAUGGAAAAAAGCCUACGCAAGUUUCACUUGAUUUCAAAAAACUGAAUAUUGGAGCAACAACCGGUCGCAAAGGAGAUGUCAAUCAAACACAUUUUAACGUCACCUCUUCUAAAAUGGAAAUUGGAUCAGGAGAUGUUUCAAAUGAAAAACGGAUCCCAAAUGAUAUUUCAAUAAACAGCUUUGGAAAAUGGAACAAACACUCGAGCCAACUAGAAUGCGUUUUGCCAAGCGAUGAGUUCAGCUGUGGUUUCAAACAAGAUGCGCUUGCGGUUACAAUUCGUAAGAAUUUCAAUCCAGAUGCUAAUACUAUUGAUGUUCUUCUUGAAAUCACCAUUCGCAACUCUCAGCUUCACGCCAAACCAUUUAACAAUUUGGAAUCUUUUUGGAUCACUCAUCUCUCAGAACUCUUCACACUCCAAGAAUAUAUAAUCCCAGGAUAUGUGAAACCAGCUAUUUCAAUGGAUCUGGACGUAUCUUUGCAAAACACGUUUAUCUUUUAUGAUCACUCAUGGGUUCAGCCAAACAGCAAGCUGAAAUUCAGAGGAGCCCUUGGAGAAUGUACUCUUGUCACUUCUAUUGUUCAGGAUUCUCACGUUUUCAAGACACUGUUAACUUCUGAAGGAUGCCGAUUGUACAUAAGUAGAGAUUCGCUACAAGAAACAUCAGCCCAAACGUUCAUUCCCUUUCUUAAAUUCGGCUCACUCCGAUUUGACGUAUCACUCGAUUUUACCAAAGAAUAUGAUGUAAAAAUGAUGCCUAUUAUUGAAGCCAGCUGCCAGAAUACAAUUGUAAUGGCAUCAGUGUGCGCAGACUCACUUGCCACUCUUAUCCAAACAGUCUUUGAUUGUUCGGAAGAGAAACAAGAAAAACUGGGGAACACAAUGAGAGAAUCAGUUUGGAAUGGGAUGUCUAAGUUGACCGAAAGCGUAGAGAAAUUGAAAUCGAAUGCUGGUCUACCAGAUGAUGUGCAGGAACGGGUUGAAGCCAUGAUAAAAGAUGCUAUGGAUGAACAAUGUUUGGAUGUCAUUUCUGAAGAUCACGCAAUGGAUGAAAGCCAGAAGAUAACGCGGAAAUCGGGAAAAGUCAAAGAGGAAACUUCAGCCAAAAACUUCACUGUUGCCGACAAUGGAUUAGGAACUGAAUCCAGUGUUAGAAGACUAUUGAAGAUCAGCAGACACGAGAAGCCUGAGGUUACGAAACAUAAUUUUUUCUAUCCAAUCAAUGCCGAACCGUCUCAAAAUAUAUUAGGAAAUUCGACACCAACACUGAAGUUAUUCGUGAAAGACGUGACCUUACGGCUUAGUCUUUAUGCUGGAAACGACCUAUCCGAGGUGUCUUCGCCUCCGAAACAUUAUUGCACAAGGGAUUUCAAACAUGGAAACUCGACCGGUGGGCCAAAUAGAGAUCAAUCUGCAUUCGUUGUUUUCGAAUUCGACAAAAUCACUUUGAUCAAGCACUUCUUUGACAAAAAUGCUGCGUUUUUUUCGACCACCCUCUUUGAAAUUGGAGAAUUUGUUAUUAGGGACUGUGUCAAAGCUAGCGAAAUUCAGGAGAUGCUCUACCAAUACUCCACGACAAAUAAACCAAGACGUGAAAGUGCGCCAUUCUUCAGUGUCAAAAUGACUGAAUCUCACUCAAGGGAAGGAAACAUGAGAGUGUCAAUGCUUCCACUGAAACUAAAUCUUGAUCAAAACACUGUGGAAUUUUUUGUCGACUUCUUUGACGAAACAUUGGGCAUGAUUGAUCUCCCCAACACCUACGUGAACAUACCGGUUCAGCUUCCUAUUAUUAAAAGCCCAGUCUCCAACGAUGAAAUUCUGAAAAAUUUCACUAUGAUGGGAACUAUCCAUCCAUCUCAAUCUGUCAUCAUAUCUGAAACUGAGGAGCACAAAAACUUCUUGACCAGUGUUGAAGAUGAGCCACAACCAAUUAUCGAAAAUAAAUACCAGGAAUUCCAGGAAAUUUUUAAUAGUGAGGACACAUUUUUCAAACAAUUUGUUUUCUCCCCAUCAGUCAAAAUUUACAUUGACUAUCAUGGAAAAAGAAAAUUGACCAUGGAAAACCAGGAUCCCAUUGUCCGCUUUCUCGCUGCAUUUGGACAAUUGAACAAAAUGCCCAUUACUCUACACGAAAUAAAUACACGAAGCGGUUUGCUGGGAACUAGGAGUUGUUUCAAAUAUGCUGUCGAAAAAUGGUCAACUGCUAACUUUGCCAACAUGCCCAGUGUGCUUGCGAGCUUAGGACCUAUCAGGCCUUUUGUUCAAGUCGGAAAAGGAGUAGUGGAUCUCUUCGCGAUGCCAGUUGAUGAAUACCGGAAAAAGGACGGACAAAUGUUGAAAGGAGUCCAGAAAGGAGUGCGCUCGUUCGGUGUCUCCUCGGCAAAUGGGAUUGUGGGAAUGGCUCAAACAGUCACUGAGUUUGUUCAGGGAGCGACAGAAUGGACUAUAAAUGAAAUAAAUCCACGUGAUCAACAAAUGACCUAUGAGACUGGCUCUAAUAGAUACCAUCAAACAAAAGAAGACUUCAAUCUCACCAAGGAAAAUCGACCCUCUAACAAUUCUUUCAUUCGGAGCGCUGUCCAGUACACAGUUCCAAUCUUCUUGAGUCCUCUUUUGUCUACUACACAAAUGACCUCUCAACUCCUUGGCGGUCUGCGCAAUCAACUAAACCCGGAUACCUAUCAGGACGAACUAAGGAAAUGGGGAGAGAAGAAAGACAAUUGA